UCCUCGACAGCAUCCACUCACUCUUUACCACGCGCCUGCGAUGUGACUCCACGCCGCGCACCCACUGGAAUAUCAGCCCGUGUGACGAGUGACGGAUUUUACGCGCACGCCACGCCGUUUGGUUUUCCAAAAUUGCCGCGGGAGCGGGCAAUGCUUUUGACCAUGACUGUGGGAUUAAUAAAGAUUCUGUGCGUGGUAACAACCGUAUUCGCGAUGGAAGAAACACUGAUGGACACCCGGACAGCGACGGCAGAGCUCGGGUGGACGGCGUACCCUUCAUCCGGGUGGGAGGAAGUUAGCGGGUAUGAUGAGAACUUGAACACCAUCAGAACAUACCAGGUGUGCAACGUCUUCGAAUCCAACCAGAACAACUGGCUGCUUACAACUUUCAUCGCCCGCCGCGGCGCUCAGCGCAUCUACGUGGAGAUGCGGUUCACCGUACGCGACUGUAGCAGCAUCCCGCGAGUUCCCGGCUCCUGUAAGGAGACCUUUAACCUCUAUUACUACGAAACAGACUCAGUUAUUGCCACCAAAGGUACCGCAUUCUGGAUGGAGGCCCCAUAUUUAAAAGUGGACACCAUCGCGGCGGACGAGAGCUUCUCGCAGGUGGAUUUCGGUGGCAGGCUGAUGAAGGUGAACACGGAGGUGAGAAGUUUUGGGCCUCUGUCCAAAAACGGCUUUUACCUGGCGUUUCAGGACUACGGCGCAUGCAUGUCCCUGCUGUCCGUUCGUGUGUUUUAUAAGAAAUGCCCCAGCGUGGUGCAGAACUUUGCCGUCUUUCCCGAGACCAUGACGGGGGCGGAAAGCACCUCGCUAGUGAUCGCUCGUGGGAUGUGCAUCCCGAACUCUGAGGAAGUGGACGUGCCGAUAAAGUUGUACUGUAAUGGCGACGGAGACUGGAUGGUUCCCAUUGGAAGCUGCACAUGCAAGGCUGGGUUUGAGCCGGACAACGGGAACAUCUGUCGAGCUUGUCCUCCGGGAACGUUUAAGUCCAGUCAGGGGACGGGUUUAUGUCUUCAGUGUCCACCCAACAGCAGAUCCACAUCUGAAGCCGCCAUCAUCUGCGUCUGCAGGAACGGUUACUACAGAGCAGAUGGAGAGCAACCAGAAAUGCCCUGUACCAGUGUCCCGUCCGGCCCCCGAAACGUCAUAUCCAUCGUGAACGAGACAUCCGUGACCAUGGAGUGGCACUCGCCGCGUGAGACAGGCGGUCGUGACGAUGUCGUUUACAAUAUUGUGUGUAAAAAAUGCCCAGCGGACCGCCGGACGUGCUCUCAUUGCGACGACAAUGUGGAAUUUGUGCCGCGCCAGCUGGGGCUCACCGAAACCCGAGUCUUCAUCAGUAACCUCCUGGCACACACGCAAUACACCUUCGAGAUCCAGGCUGUGAACAGCGUCACCAACAAAAGUCCAUACCCUGCUCAGCACGUCUCUAUAGACAUCACAACGAACCAGGCUGCUCCCUCCAUUGUUCCCAUAAUGCAUCAGGUCAGCUCGACGAUGAAAAGCAUCACGUUGUCAUGGCCGCAGCCCGAACAGCCCAACGGGAUCAUUCUUGAUUAUGAGCUGCGCUACUAUGAGAAGGAUUUAUCUGAAGUGAACUCCACGCAGGUGAAGAGUCAGACAAACACAGCUCGUGUGGAUGGAUUGCGCUCAGGCACUGUGUAUGUGAUGCAGGUUCGCGCCAGGACAGUCGCCGGGUUCGGCAAAUACAGCAGCAAAAUGUGCUUCCAAACCCUCACAGAUGACGACUAUAAAUCCGAGCUAAGGGAACAGUUGCCAUUGAUUGCGGGCUCGGCGGCAGCCGGAGUGGUCUUCAUUGUGUCUCUGGUGGCUAUAUCUAUAGUCUGUAGCAGGAAACGAGCGUACAAUAAGGAGGCCGUGUACAGUGACAAACUACAGCACUACAGCACUGGUAGAGAACUGACCUUGAGACCCGAUCUGUCUAAUUGCCACACACCCAUGGGCUGCCCGACCCUACCCGGUUCUCCUGGCAUGAAGAUCUACAUCGACCCUUUUACCUACGAAGACCCAAAUGAAGCCGUGAGAGAGUUCGCCAAAGAAAUCGAUGUCUCCACGGUCAAAAUCGAAGAAGUUAUCGGUGCAGGUGAGUUUGGAGAAGUGUACAAAGGUCGACUUAAACUUCCCGGGAAACGAGAAAUCUACGUUGCCAUUAAAACUCUGAAGGCGGGCUAUUCUGAGAAACAAAGGCGGGACUUUCUAUCAGAGGCGUCAAUCAUGGGCCAGUUCGACCACCCCAAUAUCAUUCGUCUGGAGGGCGUGGUCACCAAGAGCCGCCCGGUCAUGAUCGUCACGGAGUUUAUGGAGAACGGGGCUCUUGAUUCCUUCCUAAGGCAAAACGACGGGCAGUUCACAGUGAUCCAGCUGGUGGGAAUGUUAAGGGGGAUCGCAGCUGGGAUGAAGUACCUGUCGGAAAUGAACUACGUCCAUCGAGACCUCGCCGCACGCAACAUCCUGGUCAACAGCAACUUGGUGUGCAAGGUGUCCGAUUUCGGCCUGUCCCGUUAUCUUCAAGAAGAUACCUCCGAUCCUACCUACACAAGCUCACUGGGUGGAAAGAUUCCAGUGAGAUGGACUUCACCAGAAGCGAUCGCAUACAGAAAGUUCACCUCCGCUAGUGAUGUGUGGAGUUACGGCAUUGUGAUGUGGGAGGUGAUGUCAUUCGGUGAGAGACCUUACUGGGACAUGAGCAACCAAGAUGUGAUUAACGCUAUAGAGCAGGACUACAGACUGCCAGCACCUAUGGACUGCCCUACUGCUCUCCAUCAGCUGAUGCUUGACUGCUGGCAGAAAGAUCGAAACGCCCGGCCGAGAUUCACAGACAUCGUCAACACGCUUGACAAACUCAUCCGUAACCCAACCAGCCUUAAAGCAGUCGCCAUGCCCACAAUUCCAUCUCAGCCAUUGUUGGACAGGUCCAUUCCGGAUUUUACCACUUUCAGUUCUGUCGAGGACUGGCUGGGUGCCAUUAAGAUGUCUCAGUAUAGAGAUAACUUCCUUAACUCUGGCUUCACAUCCCUCCAACUCGUCACCCAGAUGACUUCAGAGGACUUGUUGAGGAUAGGUGUGACUCUGGCUGGCCAUCAGAAGAAAAUCCUCACCACCAUCCAGUCCAUGCAUGUGCAGAUGACACAGUGUCAGACGCCCACCGCGCUGGCAUGACUACAGGCGGCGCCGGACGACGGGCCGGGCAGCUUGCGGAGAAGUUACCAGCGGGUGAGCCCAAUCCCAUCGGAGCGCGCCAGAAUAGAGACGAUCAUCCUGAUUUGAGUUUUCACGACUUUACACGAUCACACAACCAACAGACCGGACGGGACCCGGAUUCACUGGGAAUCACAGGACGUCUGUAAACUCGCUGGCUAAGAUCAGGAAACAGGAAGUCCUCUUAACUCUCUGUUUGUCUCUUUUACAGCGAAAACCCAAGAAGCUGACUAUUUUUGUCUCUUCUUGUCACCCGUAGUUUCGUUUCUCCCACCCGUUCUACGUUUUUUUUCCAGUUCUUCAAAUUAUUUUCUAUCACUACUGCUUCCCACUUGCUCUACCUGUUGAUCUCGGAAUGGCUGACGUCGCCAAAGGACAUCCUGUACGCCUGCUUCCCAUUCUCCGGCCGUCUGAGCGUAAAUUAUGUAUAUCUUUAAAUAAAUACGUAUAUCUUCAGAGUAAACCUUCAUAUUGAAGGUGAAGUGUAACGGACUUGUAUGUAAAUACACGCUUCUUCCGCUUGCAUUUUUGGCAAUGUUGCGUACCGAUUGGACCAGACGACUCGCGAUUCUGGAAGGAGCGAACUCGCUUACGUCGACGCGAUGCCAUGGGAUGAUGAACUGGGAUGAACUUUGACUCUGUGUCGAUGUGGUGUAAAUAUCGAUUAGUUGUGUAUAAACUAGCGAGAAAAUAAAUACUUUAGGUUUGAAAAAAGCUACGCAUUCAGGCCACUAAACGAAACGGUGUUUAUCGUAGGUGUGUGUUUUCACACUUACCUGUAUAGCUUUUCUUUCUUCCACCUCUUCUACUUCUAGAUGUUCUUGUUAGUUUCGUGUCAGAGUGUUUGAAUGCGUCGACCGGUGUUGGGCAGGUGCGUUGUUGCCUCCUAAAUUAACUGGUGCACCUAAAUGUAGUUCCACUGUUAAUAUACGCUGUACUAAUGUUGGUCUAACAGGGUCUUUUAAAGCGCUAAUCUGUUUUUCAAACACGUGUUUACAUGAUAAGCAAACUGAAAUGUCACAGUCAGGUAAUAGACACAGCCCGCGCUGAAAUGCUUUUAUCGUCUUCGCUCCAGAUAUUUCUCUGACAUUGUUAAAUGCGGUACACGUUCUUCAUGUCAUCGGCUCUCCGGUUAUUUGUGUGUGUGUCUAGUUUGAACAUCUGUGUGACCCUUUAGGAACAGAUGUCUUACACCACCCCAUUGAGCACAGUCUACUUAUCCAGUCAAUGAAACAUUUGGUAGCUUUCACACAAACACAUACACCCUUUGUUGCCAUUUUUAAGCAAAUUGUCUUUGCGCAUUUACCUUUCAUUCAUGGUUGUGUUAUUGUAGAGACCAGACAAUGGUACCCACGAGCUUAAUAAACAAAACGAUAAGCUAUAAUAAUGUCUAACGGUACGGAAAGGUUUGUGCGAGGGUGGGGUUUUCAGUAUCAAAACACAAGAAGUCAGUAGUCGAUAAACGCGCAUGUGGCGCGACGUGAUAAAUUAGCCGCUAUGCGUCUCCAAGUUAAUGAGUUUCAUGUUUUAUGGUUAUUUUCCAAGAGUAACAUACACACGCAUAAUCCAUCAUCCAGAAAUUCCCAAGGUGUUACACCUAAUUGGCUACAAUGAAUUUCACCAUGGCAACCCAGUAGCUUAUUGCUACUUUGUUAAACAUGACACAUUUUUAUAGCUUCUGUCAUUUUGGUCACACGCACACACUCACACUUGCAUUACUUUAGUGGUAUUGCAUUGAAGAAAAUGAAUGUUAUGGUGUUUGAGACAAAUUCAUUGUACCCAGUGUAUAAUCGACCAGAAGCAGCUCAAUUAACAAUCACAAAGUAUCUCCGCCCCGUACCUCUCAUGGCUUGCGUCCAGCUCGCUCGCGGUGGGGCGUAACCAAGCUGUCCGCAGUCCUGCCAUAUGGACCCGCUUGAAAAAUGGCUGAUUCGCGCUCGUAACAAUGGACACACUGGGGAAGGCGGGGCUUGAUGGGCUACCUGCCCAAAUGGCACGGGCUGAAUGAGCCGGGGCCGAGCGAGCACAAAGAAAGAGCGAUUCGAGAGGACUGUAGAGAGAUGAUGAAAGGAUGUAGUAGAGAAUGAGAAAAAAUGGAGCACAAAGCAAGUGAGACCUUUUAGAGUUUAAAGUCAACGUGACAUCAAAAAUGACUUUACUGAUCUUAUUGUGCAUGAUUUGUUUGCAAGAAGAGACCAUGAAUUUAAAAUUGAAGCAAUUUAUUAACCAUUAAACAUUUGUUGUUGAGGGAAAUCAUUAUGUGUGAUAAUUGCCAGUGUUUUUUUUUUCAUAACGCACACACGUAAAACCAUUACAGAUGUAAUAUAUGAUUUCUAUUUGAAUGUGUACAUUACUGCUAUUGUUUGUAAACCGAAUGUGUCCUCCUUUGUCAUGUCUCUCUUUGAUUUUGUUAAUGUCUAAAAACUCCACCAGAAUUAAAGUAUUAGCUUGGCACUGUUGAGAUGGUCACUUAUGUUUUGUAGGGGCAUCUUUCUCCUCCUCCUCCUCCUUCUUUUGAGGUUUGACGAAACGGACAGAGAAUGAGAUGAUGAGCGGAAAUGAUUACAAUCUAAUUUUAUCGCUUUUUGCCUGGAAAACGUCAACAUUUCUCAUGUCGACAAAUUCUGGAGUCUUGGGCAUAUUUGGCGAAGGAUCAGCUGCGAUGCUGUUACCGUGCCAACCGACGUCUGAGUGGUGCCGAGUGCAUGUGUUCACGAGCGCACCCCAGACUUCACAAGCGCAAACAAACUGCACGUUUGAAACAAACAAAAGCUUCAACUGAAACGGGCCAGCGUUUUCUCCUCCUUUCAUUUUUCUGCGCUGCAAACUUUCAUGAUGAUGUGAUGAAGAGUUACUUUUGGCAACCAAGGGUAACAAAGGAGAGAACGUCAACGGGUUUGAGAGAGAAAGUGAACUGUUGGUAAAACUAGCAUGGCAUGGAAACUAGCUGGCACCGUUUCAGUAGAUACCGAAAGAAAGAAAGCCCCCCACCCCACCAAGCCUAUAUAGUUACCACUUGUUUUUUUUGUGAUGAGUAUGUCAGAGUUUGAAACUGUAACUUUCUGAAAACUAUUGUACUGAAAUGCACUCAAUAAAGACCUUGGAAAAGUUGA